CACCAACACCAAACCAACUUCAUCGUCAUCAGCGUCGAUGAAAUACUAAAGCGCGCCUUCCGUCUGCUACACAGCUCAUCCACACAAACGGUGAGCUUAGCUGACUUCCGGUCAAGAUGAAGAGAGCAAGAGGCGCCGGGGAUGACGAGCAGCCUCCCCGGCAGAAUGGCUCCACCAGCCGGAGGAAAGGCGACCCAGAACCGGCCAGUAACGGGGACGGAGGUGUCGGCCUUCGACCCCGGGACCUCCAGGAUGAGGACAACGACCCGGGACUGAGGAGGGAAAUCCGGAGCAAAUACAGAGACCUCAUCAACACAAUACAACAAAACAGAGAGGACAUGGUGAGUCUCUCCAACAACAAGCUCACUGAAGUUUUAGAAGAGGCAAACAAACUUUUUAAAGAUGUGCGGCAGGCGAGAGAAGCGGCGCUGGAUGCUCAGCUCCUCGUCGUGGCCACAGACCUCGGGAAGGAGAAAGCCAGCAUGCUGUUUUCGGAGGGCACAGCAUUCGAUCCCGCUGUUUACGCUGAGCACCUUUUAUCCUUCAUGGGUCUGAACCGGCUUGAAGACGUGGAUGACGAGCAGCAGAACGGCGGUGUCGAUGGAUACCUGCCUCAGGACGCCUGGCACAGACUCUCCAGGAGAGCAGAGUGCUGUUUCAGGACGGCACCCUCCUUCCACUUCAUGAGGGGCUCGUUCCACGCCGAGCCGCCUCCCCCAAAGCAAAGGAUAGAGCGGCAGAGAAAGGCACCGGGCAAGGAGGCUAAGAGAAUCAUGCCGACGCAGCUGAAGAAGAUGGAGGACUCUCAUCAGGACGCGACGGUGAUAGAAGUGGAAAGGAUCCUGGCUUACCUGAAGGAUUAUCACCAAGCCGACCCGACGAUCCCGAUAUUGUAUUACGAGUUCGUCAUCGACCCCAACUCCUUCUCCCGGACGGUGGAGAACAUCUUCCACACGUCUUUUCUCGUCAGGGACGGAUUGGCCCGGAUGUAUCUGGAUGAAGCCAAAUUACCGUCUAUAGCGCCUGUGGAGGAGGACGAGGUGGAAGCUGGAGGAUCGUGCGCCCGUAAACAGGGCCUCGUCUCAAUCAACCAAAAGAUCUGGAAGGAGCUCAUCAACGCCUUCGAGAUCACACAGGCGAUGAUUCAGCCUCCCAGCAUGCAGGACGAGUGAAGAUCCCGUCGCGCACAAGUUGUUUUUAAAAGGUGUAACCCUGUUUAUUUUAUGUGAAUGACAUGUCCGAACUGUUGGAAACACGAAAAAGCGAUGUCCAACUUCGAAUGCAGAAUGUUGAGUGAUUCAGAUUUUAAAUUAAUUUUUUUUUACUGUUUUUAAAAGUUUAAAUAAUAAAAGAAAACAAAGAGGAA